AGGUUUACAAAAAUAAAAAAAGUGAAAACAGUUUGCUUAAUAAAUCAAUUUUGAUCAUAUAAUAGCAAAAAUGAGUGCUGUUGAUGAGAUUAUUAAUUAUAAGCGUUCUGAAGAUGAAGAUUUUUAUAAAUUACUUGGUUGCGAUGAAAAUUCAACUGUUGAGCAAAUAACUGCUGAAUAUAAAAAUUUGGCCUUACAAUAUCACCCCGAUAAAAACGCUGGCAAUAAAGAAGCAGAGGAAAAGUUUCAAAAAUUAAAAGAGGCAAAAGAAAUACUUUGUGACCCCGAAAAACGUUGUAACUAUGAUAAAUGGCGUAACAGUGGUAUUGCAAUCAGUUACAAACAAUGGGUCAGCAUGAAGGAUCACGUACAUCAGUCAAUGCAUUGGACAAAUCCAAAGACAAAAGAUCGCAUGUUGACAGAAGGUGGAUCAGGGCCAUCUAGUUUAGGUGCUGGUAAUAUUACAGCAGCACAACGACGUGCAUCUGAAGGUGGUGCAAAUUUGCAUUGGGGUGGAAAAACAGGUGUAUGGGGUACUGAAGCACCAAGUGAAGUUGUCAGUAAAUUUCGUAAUUAUGAAAUCUAAAUCAAUUACCAAAUCUAUGUCAUGAAAUCCAAAAAUGUUAAAUCUGAAAUUAAUUGGGUCUUAAAAUUUUUAAAACACAAAAUUUGAGAAUUUAUAUUCUUUAAAGA